AUGAUGACUGGUUUAGCAGUUCUCGUACAGGCUAGAAUGCAGUCUCCUAGGUCUCAUCAGGACAUCCCCGGGUCAAAGUGCCCACCGAAAUCCGAUGGAACUGGCGGCUUCGAGAUGGCGUUGAGGCGCCCUCUGGGCCGGAAUUCACAGACGAGCAGAUCGCAUUCAAUAGUAACCGACUGGUAUAGACUUAGCAUCAGCCUCUCCGCGGCGUUGGGUCGGCUUGCUCGCAUUGCCCUCGUCAGCAUCAAACCCGAUUUGAUGAAGCCUCCGUCCUUCACCCGUCAGCUUUACGGCAGACUAUGCAUGCUCGUUUGGGUGCAUUACCGGAUUGGUGAAACGUCAAAGGAGGCAAGAGGGUCAGCACUUGUCGCGCGGCUUUCUGAGCGGCACGAAAAAGAAGAUGAGACGAAGAGAAUAGAGACAAAUUGCAGUGGGACUCUUGCUGCUCAGGCUUGGAGUGACGCCUUGCAGAGCUUACAGCAAACCUAA